CAGGCGGGGCGGCAGAGCGCGGAGGCGGCGGCGAGCGGGCGGCCAUGGCCAAGCACACCGUGUCGUCCGCCCGCUUCCGCCGGGUGGAUGUGGACGAGUACGACGAGAACAAGUUCGUGGACGAGGAGGACGGAGGCGACGGGCAAGCGGGACCCGACGAAGGCGAGGUGGAUUCGUGCCUCAGGCAAGGGAACAUGAUGGCCGCGCUGCAGGCGGCUCUGAAGAAUCCGCCCAUCAACACGAAGAACCAGGCCGUGAAGGAUCGUGCAGAAAGUAUUGUCCUGAAGGUCCUCAUCUCAUUCAAAGCCAACGAUAUCGAGAAGGCAGUCCAGUCCCUGGAUAAGAAUGGUGUUGAUCUGCUAAUGAAAUACAUCUACAAAGGCUUUGAGAGCCCCUCUGACAACAGCAGUGCUGUGCUGCUGCAGUGGCAUGAGAAGGCACUGGCUGCUGGUGGAUUGGGGUCCAUCGUCCGUGUGUUGACUGCCAGGAAAACGGUUUAACUCCAGCAGCAAAUGGCUGUUUGCUCUCCGUGGUGUGGGAAAUGCUGGUGCAAAACCCACCCAGAUGCCAUUGCUGCCCCAUGGGCAGCACCUGUCUCUCAGCUUGCCUUCUCGCUGCUUCUUUCGUACCUGACAAGUAAUGCAUAUCAUGAUCUCUUUUUGUUAAACUCUGGAAAAUUAUGAAGGUGCAAUUUUAUUUCUAACAGGACUAUUUGGUACUCGAGCAUUUCAGUGACACGCAUAGCUACAUUGACAACAUGUUUAGAUUGAUUUGUAUUUGUGUAUAAUUAUGGCAGAUUUGGGCCUGACUUUCCACACAAGUGCUGAGGGACGUAGGGCAAUGUCUUAAAUCCUUUUUGCUAGCCAAGCAGUGUUCUGAUGUAAGAUAAAUAUUUGAAAAGUGGGGCAGCUGCAAACGUUGGUAACUGGACCAUGUUUCCUUUGGUCAGCCUCUGAGCCUACAGCAGUGAGUAGGACAGAAAAGAGCAGCUUCCCUCUGACCGAUCGUCAUUCCAGUAAGCCAGGUAUUUUCCUUAACCUCACACCUCGUGGCCUGUUCCGACGUGCUGUGCUCAGUCAGAGGCCAGGUGAACAGCAGGCAGAUCACAGCGAGGGUGGAGCUGUCCUUCCUGCACUUCAUAUGCUAGAAUUUAAAGGUCCAUUUACACUGGAGCCCAGUCCAGGAAGCUUUUUAUUUUGGGAACUAAAGAUCCUACACAGGAGAAGAAAAGGGAAGUAGUCUUGAGGCUUACCAGACAGUUGACAUUCCUGCUGUACCACAGCGCAUUAGUAGACAAAUAAAAGUUCCAAAAUAAAGAGGAGUAUUUUAAAAAGGAAUUAAGGAAGCUCUGGGCAUCCCAGCCCACAGCUCACCACUGAAGGUUAGGGCCACGACUGAGACACACAGUUUUACAUUUGCCAUUUUACAACAGUUCCAUUGUGUGAAACGGUUGGGGAACUUGUAAACUCUUUGCUGUUUUUUGAUAUCUGCUUUUUUUUUUUUUUUUUUUUUUUUUUUUUUUU